AACGUCAGAAAAGACAACAAUUUGAUUCCUCAGAAGAUAUACAAAAGCAAAAACCACUCUACUGCUCCUCACGAUGUGACUGACCAUUCCUCGUCUCUUUCUGCAGCUUUAUUAGGUGCAAAAAACACAACAUGUGCAUCACUGAAGAGCCAAAAAUGAUAGGUGAGGUAGUGAGUGUGAGGGAGCUGUACAGUUUGCUGAAGAAGGGUGCAAAAAUGAUAGUGGGGGAAAAGCAGUUGGAUUUGGAUUUGGUGCUGGUGCCUCUGGGCAUGGGAACGCUGCUGGCCUACCAUUUCUGCCUUCUCUACACCAUAAUACGAAAUCCCAGAAGAACUGUGAUUGGACUGAAUGCUGAGAGCCGCCGCGUAUGGGUCUUCUCCUUGAUGGCUGAUCCACUUAAAAACGGCGUAUUGGCGAUUCAGACGAUACGUAACAAUAUAAUGGCAUCGACGCUUUUGGCAACAACAGCGAUCACUCUCAGCUCGUUAAUAAGUGUAUACGUGAGCAACAGAUCGAGCUCUACCUCCUUGGACAUGCAUGGAAAUAGAGUUUCGGUCCUGCCUUCUGUGAAGUUCUUUGCUAUCUUGAUCUGCUUCAUGGUCGCCUUUCUUUGCAACUUGUUGUCUAUCAGGUACUACGCCCACGGCAGCUUUCUCGUCACGGUGCCUGCGUUCAAAGAUCGAAAGGAUGCUAUCGAGUAUGUGGCGACAAACCUGAACAGAGGAGGCUUCUUUUGGUCACUAGGACUCCGAGCAUUCUACAGUGCCAUUAACAUAUGCACUGGUGGCAUUCAUGACAUUGAUGAGCCGAACAUUAAUUUCAAGACUACUUGGGUUACUUCUUGUUUUCUAGAAGAUGUGAUAUCUGGAGAUGGGGUUAUGCUUAAUCCUACAAAGGUGAAAGCUAUUAGGGAAUGA